CGGGUGGGCUCGGGCCACGGCAGGUUUCCCCUCCUCCCCUUGCACCUCGACUCGAGGCGGCGGCCUGCACUGCACGCGCGCGCGAUAGCAGUAGCCUCGCCGCAGACCGCAGCCUGUGCUUCCCCUUUCCGGUGAAUUGUGGUUUAAUAAGCAAAAGAAAAGGGGGUCUUUUCUGGGCUUCGAAUUUUUGGACGACAAGAUGCACUUCCUUGCAUCAUUUCACGUCCCUACAGGUUUAGUGUUAUCUGAUUUUACGGGAUGGAUGCAAAGAAGUUCCUGCAGCUGGUUGAAGAGAAGAAAAAGAGGAUCCUGGAGAAGAAAGAAGCCCCACUGAAAUGGGAGCAGAAGCUUGAAGCAGCAGCUAAGGCAAAGGCUGAUGCAGAAGCCAAGGAGAAGAAGCUUAAGUCAAGAAAGCACAGGAAGAGAGGAGAUUCUUCCUCAGACUCUGAUAGUGACUCUGACAGUGAUGUUGAUCGGAAACACAGGAAGAGGAAGGACCGCAGAAGGAACAAGAAACAUGGUCACUCUGACUCUGAUGAUGCAAGAAGACGCAAGCGGAGGUCCAAAAGGAGCUCAGACUUGAGCGAUGAGAGUGACAGUGACUACGAGAGUGGGUCUGAAGAUGAACGUAGAAGGAAGCACUCACACAGAAGAAGGCGCCAUAGACAUUCAUCAAGGUCAGAUUCUGAAGACUAUAGCAGUGAUGAGGAAGAGCGGAGGUCAACCAAGAAGGACCACUCUAGGAGCUGCAGACGCCGUCAUCAAUCAUCAGAUGACGACUCUGAUUCUGAGGGCAAGGUAAGGUUGAGACACAGGAAGCGUAUGAGAUCUAGUGAUGAAGACGCACCAUCAGAUUCCAACCAUAAGCGCCACAGGAGCCGCUCCUUGGAUGAGUCACCUGAUGAAACAGAGAAGAUGGGAAAUGGCAAACGGUCUCACAAGAAUGGCCAUCGCCAUCACCGUCACCCCCGGCACCACCAUCAUGAACGCCACAUUAGUUCUUCAGAACCAGACAAGAGGCUAGUAGUGAAAGACGACCAGAAAACCCUUGAAGGUGACAGCGCAGAUUGAAGAACCUCCAGAGGAUGGGAAGAUUGAUUUUUCAUUCGUGGUGUUGCCACUUCGGUUAACUAUGUGGAACCAGAACUUUGUUGUACUGAUAACAUUUGUUUGAUCUGGCAAUUAAACCUUAGAAGAUACUUUCAUCAUUUCUUUUUA